AUGAGCUUCAACCCCUAUGCCUUUCCUCUUUCGCCGAAAGAAUAUGCGCCGAGACCGGUGCCCUUGCUUGAGGAAUGGAGGCAGCUAUGGAGCGUCUGGGAUCUUGUGACGACCAAGAUGAUUCCUUCCGAUGCUCUGAUGGAGCAACCAAUCCAUUUGCGCAAUCCACUACUCUUCUACCUAGGACAUAUCCCGACCUUUGAAGAUAUACAUCUAACCAGAGCAACCAACAAAACACCAACCGAGCCAGCGUACUAUCACAAAAUCUUUGAGAGAGGCAUUGAUCCGGAUGUUGAUGAUCCAUCCAAAUGCCAUGACCACAGCGAACUACCCGAUGCUUUCCCUCCAUUGAGUGAGAUCCUCGAGUAUCGUGAGCGUGUAAAGUCUCGGAUCAAGCAUCUUUACGAAACCGGCCAAGCACACUCAGACCGUUGCGUUGGUCGGGCUCUUUGGAUUGGCUUUGAACAUGAGGGACUUCACGCUGAAACCUUUCUUUUCAUGACCAUCCAGAGUCCCAACAUCCUACCGCCUCCGGGAAUCCAAAAACCUGACUUUGCGAAGAUUGCCAAAGAGGCAGCGUCGCGGCGCCUUGAUAAUCAAUGGUUCACGAUACCAAGCCAAACAUGCACCAUCGGUUUCCGUGAUCCAGAAAGUGACCAAGGACCAGACCGAUUCUUUGCGUGGGAUAACGAGCGCGAACCGUACGACGUCCACGUCCCUGAUUUUCAAUCGCAAGUUCGACCAGUGAGCAAUGGCGAGUACGCAGCGUACUUGAUCGACGCCAAACAGGUACAGAUCCCGGCAACUUGGAGUAACAUUGGCGACUAUCACAACCAAACGGAUUUCUACCCCUUUAUCUCCCGUCUCGCCGUCAAAACGGUCUGGGGGCCAGUUCCUUUGACUCAAGCCCUCGACUGGCCCGUGAUGGCCUCAUUUGAUGAGGUAGAGCGAUACGUAAGCUGGGCGGGAGCUCGGAUUCCUACUCUACACGAACUUCGGAGCGUGCAUGAAUUUGUCGAGCGCCAACGCAAUGCCCCGGACAGCAAAGUGAACAAAGGCCUUCAUACAGACCCUUAUGCAAUCUUUACCGAUCUCGCGGGUACAAACUCUGGCUUUCGGAACUUUCAUCCGCUUCCGAUCACACAUAAUGACAGCGUCUGCGGGCUGGGUGAUACGGGUGGUGCGGCGGAGUGGACGAGUGACUUCUUUGCCCCACAGGCCAAUUUCAAGCCGAUGGAUAUCUAUCCGGGAUAUAGUGCCGACUUCAUGGAUGGGAAGCAUAUGGCCGUUGUAGGGGGGAGCUGGGCUUUGCACCCUCGUAUCGCGGGGCGAAAGAGCUUUCUGAACUGGUGGCAAAAGAAGUAUCUUUGGCCAUGGGUAACAUUCCGCCUUGUGAGAGAUGUUAAAUAG